UCGCCCCCGAAGGGGUCGUCCCCCGACUCCCCCCGCGAGGGACGGCUCUGAUGCGGGGGCGGGGCCCGGGCGGGGCCCCCGACAGGGUGCAGUCGGGGGCCGUGGGGGCCUCCGGGGCACGGGGCCAGCGCGCCAGUCCAGCGCAGCCCGCCCGCCGCCCCAGGCCACCACCAUGGCGGACUCAGACAGCGACGACAGCGAGAGCGAGGGCGGGCUCGGCAACGUGUCGCGGGUGGUGAUGCGCCCACCCGGCCACAGCGGCAAGGCCAAGAAGGGUCACCUCUGCUUCGACGCGGCCUUCGAGACGGGUAAUCUCGGCCGCGUGGACCUGAUUAACGAGUACGAGUACGACCUGUUCAUCCGCCCAGACACCUGCAACCCCCGCUUCAGGAUUUGGUUCCACUUCACCGUCGACAACAUCCGCCUCGACCAGAGGGUCAUAUUCAACAUCGUCAACAUGAGCAAGAAGAAGAAUCACUUGCUAGACGGGAUGACGCCCAUCGUCCGGUCCACCACCCGACCGAAAUGGCAGCGGCUGCCCAACCAGGUGGUGCACUACUACCGCUCGCCCGAGCACCGCAACCACUACGUGCUCUCCUUCACGUUUGCCUUCGACCGCGAGGAGGAGAUCUACCACUUCGCGCUGUGCCGGCCCUACUCGUACUCGCGCUGCCAGGCGCACCUGGAGCAGCUGGACCGCAAGGCGCUGCCGCACGUGCGCAGGGAGGUGCUCACCGUGUCGCUGCAACACCGGCGGCUGGACGUGCUCACCAUCACGGCGUCGUCCAACAUGGACGCGCCGCUCAACCAGAGGGUCGUCGUGAUCCUGGCGCGAGUGCACCCCGGCGAGGCACCGGCCUCCUUCAUCUGCCAGGGGCUCAUCGACUUCCUGGUGAGCAGCCACCCCAUCGCCGUGCUGCUCCGCGACCACGUCAUCUUCAAGGUGGUCCCCAUGAUGAACCCCGACGGCGUCUUCCUCGGCAACCAGAGGUGCUCGCUGCUAGGCAUCGACCUCAAUAGGGGGUGGAUCGACGCCACCCCUCUGUCACACCCGACCCUGGACGCGGUACAGAACCUGCUGGCCGACCUCAACCAGAGAAAGGACGUCCAUCUCGACUUCGUGUUCGAUAUCCAUGCCCACACCAGUCUGCACGGCGCCUUCAUCUACGGCAACUCGUACGACGACGUGUACAGGUUCGAGAGGCACAUCGUGUACCCGAAGCUGCUCGCGCAGAACGCCGAGGACUUCAACUCACUCGACACCAUGUACAACAGGGACCCCAAGAAGGCCGGCACGGCGCGCAGGUACCUGUGCGCCACCCUCAAGGACUCGGUCAACUGCUACACGCUGUUCGCCUCGCUGCACGGCUACCGUCGGGACUCGCCGCCCUACUUCCUCAACUACAGCGAGGAGGGCUACUACCGCCUAGGCCGCAACGUGGCCAGGACUUACCUCGACUACUACCACGUGGUCGGCGUCAUCCCUCUGGGGCUGCCCGUGUCCCCAGGGGCGCUGAAGCGGGCGGGGAGGCGGAGCCGGCCCCGGCAUCGGCGCCGCUCCAGGUCAUGGCCGAGCCGCGAGCCCCGGCGACGCACCCCCGGCGGCCGGCUCGUCGCGCUGCGGCCGCACCAGGUCCAGUGCUACUGCGUCAUCACCUCGUCCAGCGAGGACGACGACGAGGAGGCCGAGGCCUACUUCCUGGCCGGCAGGCCGUUCCCGCCGCCCCGCGGCCUCCGGACCAGCCCCCCGCGCGGCCUCGGCCUCGGCGCCGCACAACGCGCGGGGCCAGCGCGCCACCUCAGCCCGCCCGGGGCGCCCCGCGCCAGGAGAAAGGUAGGGGGGCGUGAUGGUUUCAGCCCAACUUACAAAAAUACAAAUUUUCCCCACACAUCCGACGUUCGAAGGGACACAGGAACAGCACAGUUAUUGGCCGGAACACGUGGUGGAGACAGGGACGACGAGUACUAA